AUGUCCAUGGCCAACUCUUCUUUGCUCUCCAUCAUUCUCUGCCUUCUCCUUCUAGGCCACGACAGCCUAGCCCAACGCCAAUCUUCUCGAUCACAGCAACAACAACAGAACGAAUGCCGUGUCCAAAACCUCAAUCCGCUGGAACCAGCUCGCCGCAUCCAGCACGAGGCAGGCGUUUCGGAAGAAUGGGACCAGAACAAUGACCAGUUGCAGUGUGCCGGCGUGGCAGCAACUCGUCAUCUUAUUGAGCCAAGAGGCUUACUCUUGCCGUCCUUCAACAAUGCUCCCAUGCUAGUCUAUGUUCUUCAAGGUCAAGGUUUACUCGGCACCAUGAUUCCUGGCUGCCCAGAAACCUACCAAUCUUUCCAGCAAUCUCAGGAAGGAAGAACAUCUCAGAGGUCAAGGGACCAGCACCAAAAGGUCCGACGUAUCCGCCAAGGAGAUAUCAUUGCCUUGCCGGCUGGAAUAGCCCAUUGGUCCUACAAUGACGGCAACAACCAACUUGUUCUCGUGGUAGUUCAUGACACCAACAACAAUGCCAACCAGCUUGAUCAGAGACUCAGGAGGUUCUUCCUUGCCGGAAACCAACAAGAGCAACAAUCAAGAAGCUUGUACGGCCAACAACAACACUUCGGCAAUAAUAUUUUCCAAGCUUUUAAUGCAGAGAUUCUGGCCGAGGCUUUCAAUGUAGACCCUGAUACUGCAAGGAAGCUACAGAACCAGAACGAUAGGAGAGGAAACAUCGUGAGGGUCGAAAAAGGGCUUAAAUUGAUAAGGCCAAGGUUUGAAGAAGAACAAGAAGAAGAAAGAAGAGAAGAAAGGGAAAGAGGGAGAUACAAUGGCUUGGAGGAGACCAUUUGCAGCAUGAGGCUCCAUGAGAACAUUGCUAACCCAGAGCGCGCCGAUGUGUACUCAGCUCGUGGUGGUCGCAUAAGCACUGUCAACAGCCACAACCUUCCCAUUUUGAGACAUCUCCAACUUAGCGCUGAGAGAGGAAAUCUAUAUAGGAAUGCUUUGGUAGCACCUCAUUGGAACAUAAAUGCGCACAGUGUGCUGUACGUGAUAAGGGGAAAUGCCCGGGUUCAGAUUGUCGGGAACUCUCAGAGGCCCGCCUUUGACGGAGAAGUACGUGCUGGUCAGCUGCUGAUUGUUCCACAGAACUUUGCUGUAGUGAAGAAAGCUGGGAACCAAGGCUUUGAAUGGAUUUCAUUCAAGACCAAUGAUCUUGCAAAGACCAGUCCUCUAGCUGGAAGGACAUCGGUUAUCCGGGCAUUGCCAGAGGAUGUCCUAGUCCAUGCCUAUCAGGUUUCAAGAGAUGAAGCAAGGAGGUUGAAGCAUAACAGAGAGGAGGUGACUGUCUUUAGUCCGAGGUCUACCUCUCAAGAAAGGCAUUCUGCUUGGGCCAUUGUGGAAUAAGCUGUUUGGUGUGAGAGUUUUUUUUAUGUAUGAGAGAAAAGCUACGUGUACUAAUUAAGAAGUAGCUAGGUAUGUAUGUCUGAGAAAUAAAACUGUACUAGGAGGCUUUUGUUGGGAGGGUUUUCCAAUCUACAUAAGAGUCAUCCUUUAAAAUGUUAUGGAUCUUUCAUAGAUUGUGUAUCUAAUAUAUAUUAGAUCUCUACGUGUGUA